AUGGGCUGCACGAGCUCCAAGCUUGACGAUCUUCCGGCCGUGGCUUUAUGCCGAGAGCGCUGUGGCUUUCUCGACGAGGCGAUUCACCAGCGCUAUGCUCUGGCAGAAGCCCACUUCGCUUAUAUUCACUCCCUCAGAGACAUCGGCCACUCUCUGCAUAAAUUCAUCGAACAGGAGGUGGGCAAUUCAUCUGGGUCACCUCCUUCUCCCCACCUCAACCUCCCUCCUGUCCGAAAAGGGGACCCCAAAUCGUCGCCGCCGCACCACUCUCAUUCAAAUUCAGGUUCCCAUCUUCACUUUCACUCCGAUUCCGACGACGACGACUUGGGCUCGCUCCACCACUCGGACCACUCGUCGCCGCUGCACAAUACUCACCCUGGCAGCCAUAUUGAUUACAUGGGCAACGGCCAGGAGGGUUUCCAGGAGGGUUUUAGCUCGUACCCAGAUGGUUACAUGCGCAUGAAUUACAUGAGGAACAAAGCGACACCGUCUGUGGUGUAUCAGCAGAAACCCAUGAGCCCAGAGAACGUGUAUCACAUGGGUGAAUCUUCUUCUUCUUCAAAUUCGUAUUAUGGAUAUCCAAAUUCAAAUCCUAAUCCGAACAACACUGCUAAUCCUUACCCCUAUUAUGGUGGGUACAACAAUUACGGUGGCGGGGGUGGGGGUGGGGGGUAUUAUGGUAAUUCAUCUCCGCCGCCGCCUUACGGAGCCAUAUCGUCGGCGCCGGCUUCGGCUUCCACCUCUGCGAAGCCGCCUCCGCCUCCGCCAUCGCCGCCUAGAGCUUCGGCUUGGGAGUUUUUGAACCCGUUCGAGACUUACGAUAAGUACUACUCGGCCUACACGCCGAGCCGAGACUCGAAGGAAGUGAGAGACGAAGAGGGAAUUCCCGAUUUGGAAGACGAGGAGUACCAGCAGGAGGUGGUGAAGGAGGUGCAGAGAGACCACAAGCACGUGGUCGAUGGCGGGAAGCAUUCCAAGGCUGUUGUGGACGAUGAGUUAGCUGAAACGCAGCCUUCCUCGCUUUAUCAAGCGAGGCCGAGCGUGGAGACCGAUGGUGGUGGGGCUGAGUAUGAGGUCCAUGUGGUAGAGAAGAAGGUUGUGGAUGAGGACGAGAGGCGCGAGGACCGUGCCAAUGGCGGCGGUGCACCUAAAGUUCGACCGGGGUCUCGGGAUGCUUUUGAAGUAGCUCGAGAGAUUGAGGUUCAGUUUCAGAGAGCUUCCGAGUCCGGGAACGAAAUUGCCAAGAUGCUCGAGGUGGGAAGGCUUCCACAUAAUCGAAAACAUGUUUCUUCCAAGAUGAUGUCGUUAGUGUCUUCGCAACCUUCUACUUCUAAGAGUGCUGAGCCAUCGGCCUCCUCUGAAAUAGCUGGUCCUGCUCAAUUGGGGUUUGAUGAAGAAAUGAUGAUGAGGUCCAAAAAUCUCUCUUCUACCUUAGCCAAGCUGUAUCUUUGGGAAAAGAAACUCUAUAAUGAAGUAAAGUCUGAGGAAAAGAUGCGGGUAAUCCAUGACAGGAAGGUCCGUAAGCUGAAGCGUUUAGAUGAAAAGGGAGCGGAGGCUCACAAAGUUGAUACAACUCGAACUUUAAUAAGGAGUCUGUCCACAAAAAUCAGAAUUGCAAUUCAAGUUGUUGACAAAAUAUCUGUGACCAUAAAUAAGAUUAGGGAUGAAGAAUUAUGGCCACAACUGAAUGAAUUAAUUCAAGGGUUAACCCGGAUGUGGAGAUGCAUGCUUGAUUGUCAUCGUACUCAGUGCCAAGUAAUUAGAGAAGCCAGGGGUUUAGGUCCUAUUGGAUCUGGAAAAAGGGCUAGUGAUGCUCAUCUUGAUGCUACAUCGCAGCUUGAGCAUGAGCUUAUUAACUGGACUUUCAGAUUCUCUACUUGGAUUAGUGCUCAAAAGGGUUAUGUGAGAGCUUUGAACAAUUGGCUUCUAAAAUGUCUUCUGUAUGAACCUGAAGAAACACCAGAUGGAAUAGUUCCUUUUUCACCUGGUAGGAUAGGUGCGCCUCCUGUUUUUGUAAUCUGUAACCAAUGGUCACAAGCUUUGGAGAGAAUAUCAGAAAGAGAGGUGGUAGAAACUAUGCGUGUCUUCACCACGAGUGUCUUACAGGUUUGGGAACAAGAUAAGCUUGAAAUGCGCCAGAGGAUGGUAGCACACAAGGAUCUAGAGAAAAAAGUUAAGAACUUGGAUAGAAAGGACCAAAAAUUACAGAAGGAAAUUCAGGCAUUAGACAAGAAAAUUGUGCUAGUAUCAGGGGAUGCUGACACUCUCUCAGUUACUGGACAGAUUGUAUAUCAGAGUGACACUAGAAAUAGUACUUUACAGGCUAGUCUGCAACGCAUUUUUGAGGCCAUGGAAAGGUUCACCGAUAAUUCCACAAAAGCUUACGAGGAGCUUUUGCAACGUAACGAAGAAGAUAGGCUUGCGAGAGAGGAAGAGAGGGUUUCAUAG